UAUACUGUAUGCGAUUUCGUUCGCCUGAGCUCAAGGGUCCUAUCGAAAUUUUGUUCAGUGAUGUGUGUCAUUUUGUGCUUCUUACCACCACCACCUCCUCCAUCAGUCAUGGGCAAAAAGCCGAAGAACGACAUCCCAAAUCCGAGCAGCAUCUCUAAUCGGGACGUUAUCCAACGGUUGAAUUUUUUGUACCAAGCAAGCGUUUACCUUAACAACAUUCACUCGUCUUCGCCGUCAACGCCUGUGUCAUCCUCAUCUCAGCCAGUCAAUGAAUCCACUUCUAGGAAAAACGAGGGCAAGAAAAGUAAAAAGAAAAGGAUCGUACAGCUCAAUGAUCUUUCAAGAAGUUACAUAGAGACGAUGAAAUCGGUUGGAACAAAAACUACUGUUCAAGUGGACCCUUCAGUGAAACGGACACUCUGUAAAGGAUGCAAUGUUGUGCUUGUUCCCGGCUCAACAGCCUCUGUUAGGACGAGAAGGUCCUCUACUCAUGGACACAUCAUGAUUUACACAUGUUCAGGAUGUAAGCAUUACUCCAGGAUCCCUGCUGCCCCGAUUCUCAGACCAGGUGGAGAACCUACCGCCUCCGAAAUGGUCGCAGUAGCCAUGAAUGUCGAUGUACCUCAGGCUCAAACAGAGAUACAAUCCAUCUCACAAGCAUGUUUAUCGGAGCACCAACAGCCAAAUAAUCAGAUCAAGACGAGGAAGAAGAAAAGCAUUCAGCCCCGUCUUCCCCAAUUAUUUGCUCGGGAUGCUGGUCACAUCGUGUAUGCGGGUAACGAACAGCUCCCAACGUCAAAUGGAUCUUGGGAUGAUGGAAUAUACAUAACUUGAGGAUCAACAGUUCAAGGCAAUGAAACUUAGCCUAUCGUUAGAUAUGUAUAUCUUUGUUGAAUCGUUCGGUGUAACUGUACAAU